AUGCUGAGGCCGGCGGUACAAUGGCUGCAAAGGCAACCAAAGUCACGUGCCAGGCGUCUCACGAAUUCCGACUGUGGACACCACCUGGCGAAGCGGGUCAGCCAGAGCCUCUUCAUCUACAAGUCACACCAGCCAACGAGCAGACACUUCAACAACAGGCCCGAGAGGCGCUCGCAGAUUUUCCAGGCUAUCAAGAGGGGCCCGAGAAUUUUGAGCUCUGGCACUACGUCUCGUUCUGCAUCGCCCGAGUCCGCUACCAUGGCGUCGAGCGGUCAAGAAGACCCCGAAGCACAGGGCCCUAUAGCUCCUUGGGGCAACGAUACGACACUUCAGGGUGAAGCCCAGGCACAUUCUGAGCCCCAGCUUCUGCCAGAGCACUUCAACGCAACGAUGGCGACCAGUCCUACCAUGUCGACCGUCACCCCUGCUGAAGCGGUAGCACACAAGCCGUCUGCUACGAACUACCAUAUUAUCACGAUCCCUUUCCAUAAUAGCACCCGGGCACUGUAUUUUGCCACGAUGCGGUCACAUAUGAGCACCUUUGAGAAAUUCAACACCACGUACAGCGCGGAAGAUUAUUCCACACCAGAUGAGCAGUUACAGAGCGAGAUCGAAGAGGCACUGACAGACCUGGUCUAUACCUGCGACUACGGCGGUGAAUCUCUCGAGAUCAUGCCUGACACAGACAUUGAGAAGCAGAUGCGGCACGUCGUGGAGAAAGUUUCCAAAGUCCAGUUCCUGCACGAGUUGCUACCCGCGCUCGGGCCUAUCAACGUGCUCAUCGUCGUUGGCUCCGAUAACUUAACACGACUGAUGAUACACCUCAUUUCACGUAUUCACAAAUUGCCGUGGUCUUGUCCCGAGAACCCUGCAGCUCAAUGUGAUCCACGGCUAUUCACUGAUGCACUGCAAGCUCCGCGGAUCACUAUCGCUACGCCGAGGCAUGCCGAGGCGGGCGAUUUCGAUCUUGUCAUCGCAUACGAUAGGUCGUUCGAUGGAUCGGCCAUGGCCUCAAGUACGGCAGCUGCAUCCGCAACCCAGUCAACACCCACCGUGUUAAGACUUGUGACGACACUCUCGGUUGAGCAUCUUGAGCUUGCAAUAGCCGGAGAGUCCGGCUCUGACCAGGGGCCUAUGGAGAAUCUGGAGAAGACAAUGAGACUCGUUUGGGCCCUUGUCCACACCCAGCCCCUACUUGACGGAACUCCAGAACCAGGGGAACCCAGUAUACCAGACCAGUCUGAACCGCACCGCAUUGCAAAGACUUUUGCUGCGUACCUUAACGGCCAGGUUACCGAUCUCGACUACGAACCGGUGCAGGUGCCGACGCAUGUUCUGCAAGCAUUCCUGACUCCAUCAUCUCCGGCUGAAGAGCAUUCUGUCACAGACCUCAAGCGCAAGCUAGAAGACGACACGGACGAUCCCGGCGUCCCUGGUAAACGAAUGCGCCGCUACUCGUGUAUCCAGCCCCUUUUCCCGACCGACACCAUACCUGUGCCGUCAGACGUCCGAAAUAUGCUCAAGUCUGCUGGUCUGCGCGGCCCCCUCCAGUCCACCGGCGAGGACCAAGUAGGCAUGCCUAUCGCCACCCUACGAGCGUUAGCAGCUCAGACCACCUUAGAGCUUGCGGAACAAGCACAUCUCAAGAAACUGGAUGAGUUAUGUAAAACACACGAGGCGGAUUAUGCCAAGUUUGAGGAGGCGCAGCGUGCCCACCUACGGGACCGCGAUCAUUUCGAGAGCAUAGCCCGCGAUUUGCAGAAGAAGUUGAAUACCGAGGCCGCGCAGUCAUUCAAACGCCAGGAGAAGGAUGCCGCCGAGAUCACCCAGCUAGCAGCGACAGUUGCUCGGUUGACUGCGGAAGGCGGUGAUCCCCUCGUGCAGUCAGAAAGCCUUGUCAAGGAAGCUCAAGGGAAGAUCAAGUUGUUGGAAAAGCAGAUUGAUCAGGCAAAGGUGGACAGGGGAUUCGCAUUUGAACAGUAUCAGGCGGCAUCUUCGACCGCAGAAGAACUCCGCGACGAAGUUAAAAAGCUGGCCGAAGCUAACAAAGACCUGCAGCGCAGAGCUGACGCCAAUGUUGUCGAGAUUCAUCGCAUGAAUAAGGAUGGCAUCGUCAAGCGACUGGAGAAUCUUUUGUCGGCGGAGCAAAUCGCAAAGAGGGAAAUGAUCCAGGAAAAUCAUGCACUCCGUGAGCAGAUACGGCAGCUCAAAAUGGCAAGAAGAGACACGAGACACUCCAGCGUGCCGCGUAGUCCGCGCACAGGUAUCAUGAGUCCACGACCUCAACGACCAACCGGACCGAGCUCUGUUAGCAGGGGAGCCAGCCCUGCGCCGGUGAUGGGUUCGCUUGCCGACAUUUACAACGGCGGCAAUGGUGCAUUCUCGAGGACGCCAGGAGCCCAAUUCACGUCGACGAACAACAGCGCCGGAGACCGCUCUUGA